AUGAACGUGACUGGCAGUCAGCAAUUCGAAGCACAUGGCCAACUUCAGCAGAACAGUCACCUCGGGGUGGGCUCCAAGAUCAUCGAAAAGGGUGGAGCAGAUACUAACGAAGGUGGCAGCAUAACUGGGAACGAAACACUCACCUUCAGGGUUCUUGUCGGACAUGAGGGAUUGUUUCAAACGUCACUCUCGACAUCUGAGUUUAAUGUGUUCUCUUCGCUUGAGACACUGAAGGAAGCAAUGGGAACAACGUCGAUCCAGGGCGGCCCGCGCGAAGAUUGGCGGGAAGCUUCCUUUCGUCUUGGUAGCCCCCUCUCUCAACGAGGGGCAGGCAAAUUCAAUGGAUCCGCGGUCAUGCUAUGUACAGUGCACACGGUUUUCGCGAUAAACGUGGCCUUUUGGUUCCGCGAAACGACAGUCUUCGACUCCACAUUUGUCCGGAGGGAGUUGAUGGCAUCAAAUUCCCCCAAAACGUCCUUAAUUAAAUCCUGGUACCGAUCACUUGCGAAGCACCACUCCUCAGAACCCUACCAUGGUCGUUGA